CGCGGCCUCCGUGAAGUUUGUCUCGUCUUGCUUUCCGUCCAGCCCUGGCCGCUUUCCGGCACGUGUCCAUCCCUCGGUCCCGGGAAACAGCGGCGAUGGCGUUCCGGUGUCAGCGGGACAGCUACGCCCGGGAGUUCACCACCACCGUGGUCUCCUGCAGUCCCGCGGAGCUGCAGGUGGAAGGAGGCUCCGGCAAGAAGGACGUGCUGAGCGGUUUCCAGGUGGUGCUGGAGGACACGCUGCUUUUCCCUGAGGGCGGCGGACAGCCUGAUGACCGUGGUACCAUCGAUGGCAUCCCUGUGCUCAGAGUGACCCGCCGCGGGGCCCAGGCUGACCACUUCACACAGACAGCCUUGACUCCUGGGAGCCAGGUCCAGGUCUGUGUGGACUGGGAGCGGAGGUUUGACCACAUGCAGCAGCAUUCAGGGCAGCAUCUUAUCACAGCAGUUGCUGACCAUCUGUUUGGGCUAAAGACAACCUCUUGGGAACUAGGGCGACUCCGGAGUGUGAUUGAGCUGGACAGCCCCUCUGUGAGUGCAGAACAAGCAGCUGCCAUCGAGCAGAGCGUCAAUGAAAAAAUCAGAGGGCGGCUGCCCGUGAGCGUGCACGAACUGAGCCUGGAUGAUCCGGAGGUGGAGCAGGUGCGGGGCCGGGGCCUGCCGGAUGAUCACGCCGGGCCCAUUCGGGUUGUUACCAUCGAGGGCGUAGAUUCCAACAUGUGCUGUGGCACCCACGUGAGCAAUCUGAGUGAUCUUCAGGUCAUUAAGAUUCUGGGCACUGAGAAAGGGAAAAAGAACAAAACCAACCUGCUGUUCCUGGCUGGGAACCGGGUGCUAAAGUGGAUGGAGAGAAGUCACGGAACUGAGCGAGCACUGACUGCUCUGCUCAAGUGCGGGGCCGAGGAUCACGUGGAGGCAGUGAAGAAGCUCCAGAGCUGCACCAAGCUGCUGCAGAAGAACAACCUGAGCCUGCUCAGAGACCUGGCUGUGCAUGUUGCCCACAGCCUCAGGAGCAGCCCCGACUGGGGAGGUGUAGUAGCACUGCACAGGAAGGAGGCUGAUUCUGAGUUCAUGAACAUCAUUGCCAAUGAGAUUGGGUCCGAGGGGACGCUCCUGUUCUUAACUGUUGGUGAUGAGAAAGGUGCUGGGCUUUUCCUACUGGCAGGGCCAGCUGAGGCUGUGGAGACCCUGGGGCCCAGGGUGGCCGAGGUCCUGGAAGGCAAAGGAGCAGGGAAGCGGGGCCGCUUCCAGGGCAAGGCCACGAAGAUGAGCCGACGGGCAGAGGCGCAGGCGCUCCUGCAGGACUAUGUGAGUGCGCAGAGCGCCGAGGAGUGAAUGCGCAGUGCCCCCUCCCUGACCUCAGCGGCAGUCUGCGGGACAGUGAAGCAGCUUCACUCCAGAUGGCUGUGCUGAGGCUCGUGACAACACGGCCCGUUUGUGCAGUGUAUUCAGUGUGCCCACGUGAUUAGUAUUCGCUGGUGAAUAAACAGUUUUCUAAUGUGA